AUGCUGCAGAUGUUCAAGCAUUCAGUAAUAGCCAGUGCCAUUGUCUUCACUGCCGUGUGCUGGGGCAGCAGGGCGAAGGUUGAGCGCUUCAAGUUCCUUGGCGGUAAUGUUGCCAAUGAUCUGUCGUGGACCAACAACAUUGAUGCCACAGCCAAGAAGACACCAACGCCUCUACUUCACAGGAGACUGAGGAAACUCGCUGUCCUUGCUGCUGCUGCUGCUGCUGCCCUGACGUGUGCUGUCUGUCUCUCCCACUGCCAGUAUUAUGAUGAAGAUUACGAAUACUUUGAGUAUGGCAACGAGUUUCACACGCCAGCUCCACAGGAGGUGGAGGUGGGGCUUAGCGAGACGGCUCUACCUGGGCAGCGAGUGAAAGGCUACGGAUGGAAACAGGCUGGCAAAGGCACUGGCACCAGCACUGGCAAAGGCACUGGCAAAGGCACUGCCACCAGCACUGGCAAAGGCACUGGCAAAGGCACUGGCAAAGGCACUGGCAAAGGCAUCGGCACUGGCACUGGCAAAGGCACUGGCAAAGGCACUGGCAUUGGCUCGGCCAAGUCGAAAGCCAAGGCUUCCCGGCCACAUCCCGUCUCCAAGACGCCGGUGGGGCGCCCGAAGGCCUCGAACGCCAAGACGACAAGUCACCGUAACCUUGCGGCCAAAGCCGGCGGUGUCCGGCAAGCCUCCACCAAAGCUGCCGUCAAAGCCCUGCCGCCACGCACACGACUGGCCGGCUUCCAGAAGGACCUCACCGACCCGGCCCUCUAUGAAGAGGAGGUUUACUAUGAGACCUACACAGAGGGGCAGGAAGGGACAGAAGUGGCCAUCACCAGUGAGCUCCCUCAGGUCAUCGAGAGUGAGGUGAUACAGCAAGAGGAGACGGAGUCCGGUGGGCAGGUGGGAGCGGGUGAGCGGGGGGUGUCUACGGAGGAGAUGGCGGUAGAGGAGCUGGGCACCGCUCAACCCGGCUACCACUAUGACUACGACAGCUACAAGGACUAUUACGAGCAGCCCACGGCCGAGGUGGGGCUGGGACAGGCUGUCGAGACCGAGGUUCACACGGACCGACAAGAGGAGACGGAGUCCGGUGGGCAGGUGGGAGCGGGUGAGCGGGGGGUGUCUACGGAGGAGAUGGCGGUAGAGGAGCUGGGCACCGCUCAACCCAGCUACUACUAUGACUACGACAGCUACAAGGACUAUUACGAGCAGCCCACGGCCGAGGUGGGGCCGGGACAGGCUGUCCAGACCGAGGUUCACACGGACCGAGUGGCAUUGGCUGGUUUGAAGGGCGAGAAGGGAGAACCUGCAGUGGUGGAGCCAGGGAUGCUGGUGGAAGGCCCACAUGGUGCGGAAGGCGUGGCGGGACCAUCGGGACCUGAAGGGCCGCAGGGACACCCUGGACCCACCGGCGACCCAGGAGAGAGGGGUCGCAAUGGGCGCCCCGGACUGCCCGGUGCCGAAGGAAUGCCGGGACCCCAAGGAACAUCCCUCAUGUUGCCGUUCAGGUUCGGAGCGAGUGGCGGAUCGAAGGGGCCGCUGGUCUCAGCGCAGGAGGCCCAGGCACAGGCCAUCCUCCAGCAGGCACGGGUAG